AUGGAUAAUGUGAAUAUCAAAUGGACAAUAGUGAAUUCGGAAGACUUAGUUCAGUCAAGUUUGGUCGACUGUGAAAGGAUGUUAACAAAUUUCCUUGCAUUAUUAGGAUUUAAGACCUCAGCAUCAAAGUUGAGAAAUAUUAUUCAAUACGACUCUCAUCAGUUCAUCAAUGAAUCUGUUUGGUGGGAUCAGUCUGAGAUCGCUGAUAACAUCUUAUCGAUGUCGGUUCCAUCUCGUUCACCGGCAUCUAUAUACUCUAACGAUUUUUAUUUCUUAUAUGGAAAUCAAUCAUUUUUACAAUACUUGUCUGAUAAUCGCCAAUGUUACAACCAAGGAACAUUUCCCCAAUUACAAUCUGAAACACUUUCAAAUCGUUUUUCCAGUGAUAAACCGGAAAGAUGCUCGCUAAAACCGUUUGACUGUGCUUUUGACACACAGACUCUUAAAGCCUAUAGAAAAUUUUAUUCUAAAAAGAAACCAUCAACCAGCUAUGAUGUUAAAUGGGAUUUAAUCGAUUUAGGAGCUAAUGCAUCACCCUUCCUUGCUUCUGCUAAAUCAACAGAAACACUUAAAAUCGUUGGACCGCGAAUGUUUCCCAUGGCUAAAUGGAUUAUUUGGCUUGAUGGUAAGGCACAUCUUCAGAAUAUUAGUGAUAUAUUAUUACGAGCACAAUCUCCGAUGAUUAUACCGUCUCAUCAUGAUACAAAACGUACAUCGGCAUCUGAAGUGGGGCCCACCAUUAGACGGUUGAAAUCGAGAGGAAAGUCGUCGGCUCAACAACUGAAAAUUAGUAUAGCAGAAAUUCUACUUCAGCAAGCAGAAUAUAGGCACGAUGGAUUCUAUGCUCGUUCUGAUACAUUGGGAUUGAAAAUGGUUGAUAUAGCAAUACUUGUGUACAAAAAUAAUCAUCCAUGCGUAAUUCGUUACGUAUGCGGUUGGCAUAACGAAAUAAAUUACUUUUCCUAUAGAGGACAAUUAUCAGUUUACUAUCCAGGUGUCAGAUUAAAUCUAACGCAUUUGGUGCGCCCCUUACCAAAAAAGUUUUAUUAUACUAAGAGUCAUAAAGCUGUGUGCUAG